AUGUCCGUCACAGAAUCUCGAAGGCCAAGAAGGGUGGCCCGGGGUGGCUUUUGGGACACCGCCAAAAAUACUUACAGUGCAGAAACCCAGCAAUUAUUAAAAGAAAUGAUGCAAGAAUCAAAAUUAACAUCUCUCCAACAACGAAGACUGAAAGAAACGAUGCAAAAUGGAGAUUCUUUGCCAUUGCAAUGUGCACCAAACUGUGGACAAUUUGAAAAGCAGGAUUUUAAUUUGGCGUCCAAACAAGCAUCAAAAAAAGUCCUGAAUGUCAGUUUAUUAGACGGAGGAAAGAGAACAAAGGACACCAUAGAAGCGAUGGGUGCCUAUGAUCAACCAACAUACAGACCUCACCCUGGCAAGUGUUACUAUGAAAAAGAAAAGCAGAAGUUGGCCAACAUUAUGACGUACGGCAAAGAUAUGCAAAAAUGGCAACGGCAAGAACCAAAGCCCAAGCCAAAGGAACCCGAAGAAAUUGAUCGCUUUGAAGAAUUACAAAAUGAAAUUGAGGAGCGGUAUGUGUUUCUACAAGAAAUGGAGUCUUUGGGGAGAGGAAAAAAAUACAAAGCAAUGAUACAGACAGAAAUUUCACAGAGAAUCCUUGAAAUGGAAAUGAUCGACAAAAAACGAACACUUGAAUUGGAAAAGUUACGUGCAGAAAAAGAGAAACUCCGAGUACAGGUGAAUUCUCCGAUUCCAGGAGAUUCAAAUGAAAGCUGA